CACACUUAUUUUAUGGAGAGCAAAGAGGAAAAGAGCCUCACGCGAUGCUCAGAGGUUUGCUGAGAGCCGGGAGGCUGCUGGCGGUGGGGGUCGCGGUAGACCGGGGGUUGGUUUGCCGGAGAGGGUGACCGGGGCUCAGAGGCGGUUCUGCAACAAAGCGGCUCAGGACGCGGUGAGAGGGACUGGUGCGCCUUUGCAGUCUGGUGGAGCCGCAGAAGCUUUUCCCAUAACCAACCUGCAAAGUCGAAUACCUUCAGCAUUUGAUAUGAAGGUACUGUUGUGGUCAGGACGUUUCAAAAAAAAGGAAGAUAUACCCCAAAUGGUUUCAAUGGACAUGCUCGCUGCAGCUGCUAAUAAUUUGAGGGUGAAAAUUUGCUACUUAAUGAUUGCUCUUUCAGUUGUUGGAUGCUUUGUUAUGGUGAUUUCUGGAAAGAAUGCUGUAAAAAGAGAUGAAUCCCUUACCAAGUCAAACUUGGAUAAGAAAGCAAAACUGAAGGAAGAAUAUCAGAAAGAACAAGAGCUGAUUGCAAGAAAGGCAGAAUAACCGAUUGCACCAAACACUUACUUUGUUGGAUUUACAACGUCCAAGUAACAAACAUGAAAAUUGAUUGACAGAACCAGCAACAGCCGAUCAAUUCAUCAUGUCUGCCCUUAUGUCAUGAAUACAUAACUUAAAUUCAAACAAUUAAAAUAAAGUAUUUUGCUGGAAUAAUUUGGCGUUCUACAA